CGAUGCACAGCAUCCUCUUCUCCGUAGCCAUAAUGCGCCAUGAACGUCUUCGCAUUGACGAUGGCGGUUCAACACGCGAGCAUCGAAGAGCUCCGUCGCAUGAUUCGCACCCACCCGGUCAUCGACAACCAUGCCCAUAAUCUCCUCCGCCUCGAACAGCUGAAGCAAGAGGACUUCUUGAGUGCGACCAGCGAAGCUACUGGCACCCAAAUCAUUCUCAUAGACGACGGCUUAAUCGGCGAUUUCCACCCUUACGAUUGGCAUGAUCAGUUCGUGGCUUCGCCGUGCAAGCGCAUCGUUCGAAUCGAAGCAAUUGCUUCUGAGAUCCUGCACGGCUUGCACAAAGCUGAGAAGCUACCGGUCGGCAUUGCAAUUGCAGAUGAAGAGGCUUGCUCGCUUGCCUGGAUUGCCUUCAUCACAGCAUUCGAGGAAGCCAUCGUGGCAUACCUCGAAGAUGAUGCGGUCGUUGGCUUCAAGAGUGUCAUUUGCUAUCGCACCGGGCUAGACAUUGAGUUCGGCAGCGAUCUCGAAGUCUCUGAGACAGCUUUGAGGAGCUUCAUGCGCCAUUAUCUGCCCCGCUGCGUCGAAAACAAGUUUCGAGUCGAGACGAAAGGCAUGAACGAUGCUCUCGUAAUCAGUACCUGCAAGUUGUUGCAGGCCUCGUCUCGGCAGAAUGGAGUCGCGAAGCCACUCCAGUUCCACACGGGAUUUGGUGACAACGACAUCUCACUUCUGGACAGCAAUCCCGCUGUUAUGCAGGACUUCAUCAAGGUAUAUCCCGAGGUGCCAAUCGUGCUGUUGCAUUCUUCGUAUCCCUACACGCGAGACGCGGGAUAUCUGGCGACAGUGUACAAGAACGUAUUCCUUGAUCUUGGCGAAGUGUUUCCGCAGGUCUCACGAGAUGGCCAGGAACAAAUCAUUCGUCAGGCUUUAGAAAUCACGCCCACGAGUAAGCUACUAUGGAGUACGGAUGCUCAUCACUUUCCCGAAACUUACUACCUGGGCAAUGUGCAAGGCAGAGCUGCUCUGGAGAAGGUCUUCUGUGAAUAUGUUGAGCAAGGCGAUCUCUCGGUACACGAAGCUGUUGGUGCCGCAAAGCGCAUACUUUUCGAGAACUCGAACAGUCUUUACCAGCUCGGACUGACUCUGCCGAAUGAGGCAAACAGCAAGCCGCUUGAUGUACAAACGGACCAGGGAGCUGCAAAUACCACUACCACGGCGCAGCAAAUGAGUACACUAAGCGCACAAUCACUCCUUCAGACGAUUCUGCCAGUUGUACAUGACCACAAUGUGCAAUAUGUCUUCGUCCAGUGGCUAGACUACAUGGCUCAGCUGCGAUCAAGAUGGCUCCCAAUCAAGUCUUUCAACAAACUCCUGAAUGGUGAUGGUCGAUUCUCGAUAUCUCGCGGCAACCUUGGCACCACACCCAAUGACCACAUGUCAUCAGCCCGUGACCCAGUCGGCUCAAUAUACGUGGAGCCAGACCUGACCAGUUUUCGACUGAUGCAAGACGUGGGGCCUAUCAAGAACGCGGCGACCGUUAUGGCAAGCUUCACUGACGAGACAGGCGAGCCACUUGUGCUUUGUCCAAGGGCACGUCUGACCAGGCUGGUGCAGGAGCUCAAGGACAACUACAGUGUUGAGCUGCUUAUCGGCUUUGAGAUCGAAAUCACCUUCUGCCGCCGAGAGGUUACGCAAGGCGAUGAAGUGUCUUUCUCGCCGCUCGACACCAACCACGCUUGGGGCACAUUCUCUGACGAGCAGUACGCCAAAUCACUUGAGCUGAUCACCUCAAUUGUGGGAGCAUUAGCAAACAUUGGCGUCGAGAUCGAACAGUUCCACUCGGAAGCCGGUGCAGGACAGUACGAAUUUAUUCUGCCUCCUCUUCCACCCAUCGAGGCUGUCGACACACUCAUCCAAGCCAAGCAGUGCAUUCAACAGACCGCCGCUCUGCAUGGCCAUCGCGCGACAUGUCAUUCAAAUGCAUUCCCAGGCAUCGGGACUGCGGCUCAUGCUCACAUAUCAUUGAACAGUAAUACAUUGUCCUCUGCAGAGCUCAAGGCCUCAUCAGAAUCUUUUGCAGCUGCGAUCCUGCAGCAUCUACCCGCCAUCUGCGCUCUCACGAUGCCGCAAUCUGUCAGCUACAAUCGUGUCGCAGACGACAGCUGGACAGGCGGAACAUGGGUUGCUUGGGGAACCAACAACCGCGAAACGCCUCUUCGUCGAGUGAAUGAUACACGAUGGGAGGUCCGGUGUCUCGAUGGGUUUGCCAACAUGUACUUGGCUCUUUCUGCACUCUUGUCGGCUGGGCUGUAUGGCAUGGAAUCGGAGUCGCGGCUGGAGCUGCAAGACUGCAAAGUGAACCCUACGAAAUUGAGUGAAGAUGAGAAGAAGAAUUUGGGUAUCAUUCAGCGCCUUCCGAGAUCGCUUGAGGAAGCUUUGGCUGCUAUGGAGGCGGACGAAGAGUUUCAGGGUUUGCUUGGAAGGGAAGUUGCGAUGAACUGGCUUGCGGUCGAGAAGGCAACGAUGGAGAUGCUCGCGGAGAUGCCAGAGGCUCAGCGAAGAAUUUGGUUGAUGGAGAGAUAUUGA